GUAGCGUUGGACCGUGGCUACAGCUCGCUUUCUGUCGCGUCGUGUGCAUGUGUUUCCAGUUGCACGUGCUGCGGGAAACACACGUGAAGAGACGAUUGGCAAGUGUCGAUAAGUUUGCCGCGGUUCGGAGCUUUUCGCGUUGACUGUUUUGUUUUUGAAAGUUUAAAAAUACCAUGAAUCCUUUCAAAUGCGGAAUGAAGUCAUGCCAUAAAUUUAAAAUUAGAGUAGGUUGUUCGUUCGUUCUCAAAUAGACAUCUUAAUCUGAAUGGCUUUAUCGAACUGACACUGUUUGAAAUGGCAAGUAUGUGUAAUAAGUGAGUUCAACUCCAAUUCAAGAAUGGCAAUUCCACUGGAUAUUGCACUCGUGAUUCUUCUCCUCCAAGGUCUACCGUUGAAGAGUUCUACAACCAACAUCGUAGAGAGAGUGGACGUUUUUGCUUUAUUAUCAGGAACUCUGAGGACAUACCAACGAGCUGGUUGCGACGACGAAUUGGUGACCUUGAAAUGCCCGCCAGGAACAAGUAUAUCCAUCGAAAUUGCUCAGUACGGAAAGUCGGCUCCAUCCAAGACCCUCUGCGGAGUCAGGUCCACUCCAUCAGCCAUUUCCAGGAACUCUUACAACUACAACAUUUCCUGUUUGUGGCCUAAUGCGAUACAGAGUAAAUGGGAAGGAUCUGAAGGAAACUGGGGGAGAUACUCGCUGUUACAGACUGUGGUGGAGGCUUGCCAAAAGAAGAGGCAGUGCAAGUUCCAGACGAGCCCGAAGACAUUUGGAGGCGACCCUUGCCCUGGAGUGAGGAAGUAUGUCGAAGUAGCCUAUAAAUGCAGACCAUACGAGUUUCGAAGUAAAGUGGCCUGCGAGAACGAACGAAUCCAGCUGAAGUGCAAUCCAAAUUCGAGGGUGGCCGUGUACAGCGCAAGUUACGGCAGGACGGAAUACGAAAGCAUCCAAUGCCCCCAACCGCAAGGCGUUCCAGAGGAAA